CACCUGCACGGGUGGCCAUGAACGAGCUAUAUUCACAAAACAAGCGCCGUCGUCAGGCAAAGGAACAGCAGCAACAGCAGCAGCAGAAUGAGAACGAGGACGAUAUUUGGGGCAGCCAGUUCUCGGUACCGGCAUCACAGGCCCCCAGCCAACGGCGGUACCUUUCGCAGCGCAGCAACCUCCAGCGAUCGCAAUCGGUAAAGACGGGACUGCGGGCACCGGUGAACUACUACGAGAGUGUCCUGCUGAUGGCCGGACUUAGCCUUGACGAGCCGGGUGGUGUCGUGGUGCUCAAGUGUGAACCGAUCGUGUUCAUGCACAAGCUCAAGAACGUUCUGCGCACCAACUCCGACUAUCCGGCCAACAUCGAUCGCUUCCUGGCCGGCAUCAAGUUAACCAUGAACGAUCGAACAAACUUCCUGAAGCUUCUCGAGUGCUGCCAAGUACAGCCAACACCGUCGCCCCCCACAACAACGGCGACCGCAGCACCGGUUACUCAGAUGGCAUCCGGCGAGAUGGCCCGCAAACCGGUCCAGGAAAGUUUAAUGAAGAUGUUCCUGCUGGUGGACUUUCUGCAGCUGAAGCUGAUUGAGCUGCUGUUCGCGUACCUCACUGAGGAGCUGGACAAGGACGCUUCGCCGGGAUCGAGUCAAGACUCGAUCGUAGGGUUCGUACUGUCGCAGCUCAAGUUCAUCGACCACGUCCAGAACGGGGAUGUGGUGUUUGAGAAGGUGUUCGAGCUGCUGGCGAAAGCAAACCGGAACGGUGUGGUGUUCGAUGAGAUCAUCUUCAGUAUGGAGGACGUUAUUGACGUGUCGAAGCACGAUGAUGCGCUGAGACGGUUGCUGAAGCUACGGCCCAAACCGGAGGAUCUCAUAACACCCACCACGGUCGAAGUGUUUACCGGGAUGUGCCUUAAUGUGGAAACGUUGGAACUGCUCCGUCGCAAAGUUAUCCAGUACGCAUCCGAUGGCUGUCCCCUCCGGUACUAUCCAUCGCUGGUGAAGAUGCUGCUAAAGUUCAAUCGCAACGAACCACAGGAAAAUCUACAUGCGAUCGUGCGUGAGGUUCGAAAAUUGCUCGAUACGGGUGCCAAUCCGGAUGCCUGGACAACGGGAAGCGGCCCGGCGGAGGAUUGUGCCGAACAGAUUCUGCGUACCAUCUACCAGGGUAUGAUGGCAUCGGCGACACUGUUCGACUGUUGGAUAGCCUCGAUCAAGCAGCUGCCAGCGGCCGAAGAUCAUCUGCCGAUCGAUCUGCUGCUGCUCACGAUGGCCACCACCAUCAACGAGGUGAAGGCACCGCGUAUCCGUAAACUCACGAUCAAAAAGAUAUCGCAGGAAUUUUUCACCGAUAGCCACACGGAUCAGCUGGUCAGUGGGUGCUUCCGGUGGGUGCUGCAGAACCAUCUCGAUAGCUUUCUGCAGCUGAUCGAGGGUUGUACCCGUGAGAAGGCAGAAAUCGUUUCGGGCUUUGGUGUGGCCUCACUGAGUGCGUUAUUCGCGCUAGACCAAUCGAUCGUCACCACGGAUAACCGGGUUGUGUUGAGCAAAAUCGUUGGCUUCAUCUGUGAAAUGGCUUCGGCGAAUGUGGUGAGCCGGAAUGAUUUCCUGAUUGGCCGUUGUAUCGCCGCACUGCGCAAACUGCAUGAAUCUCACCCGCGAGAGAUAGAACGGAGUGCGGAGCUGCUGCUGAAGAUACUGGACAUUGCACCGGAACUGUCGCUCCGACAUUAUCGUCCUCUGAUUGGGGUCAUCUACGCUGCUGCCAUUCCGAAACGUACGAUGGGUGGCGCUGGUGAUGAUGAGACCGCAAGUGGUAACGAAUCGAUCCGUGACAAUCUGGAGAUCAUCGUGAAGAAGCAGCUACUGUGCGAUUGCAAGGACACCAAGAAGAAAGGCAUCGUGGGGUUGGUGCAGAUGGUUUACCAUCUCUCGCUCACUCCGGGGGCGGACCAAACCGAGUUGAGCUCGAGUUUCGAUUCCGAGCGUACGAUCGGUACGAUAAGCGAGAUACCGAGUGCCGUUGGGCGCACGAUGGCCAAUCUGAUCAGCACCCUUUUCCUGUCGACGAACCAAUCGGCCGAUCUGUUGGCCAUAUGCUACGACGAGCUGGCUACGAUGAUCGCUCAACCACGGUCCAAGACGGCCCCGGGAUGGGAGAAAACGUUCAUCAUGUGGCUGACCGAUAUGGUGACGAUGGACUUUCAGCUUCAGUUUCUGGUCGAUGAAGACGUGCCGCUGAUUAGCCGGGGUGAGGAUGAUAAUGCGAUCCGCUUGGCGCGCCAGCUCUGCAUCAACCGGGUGGACGAAGAGGAUGCCAAUGUCGAAGCACAAUCGAUCGCGGUGAAUGUGGCCGGUGUAGUGCUUGCGCACCAAAGCCGCCACACGGUGAGCACCUACUUGGCGCCCAUCUUCCGCCUGAUGCGUACGCUGCAUGCCGUCCGCUACGAUGGAUCGCUCGUGUCGAUCAAUGCGCUGCUCGGUUGUGCGAUCGUUGUGCCUUCCUUUUAUGGGGACAUCGGUGAAGAGGAACGACGCUUUUCGAUCGAUUCGUACGAUGAAACGCUCUGCACGCAGCUACUCGAUGUGUACUUCUGCUUGGGGAACUGGUUCCGCGAGUGUAUCGGUGCCUUUGUUGGCCACCAGCAGGAUGCCACGAUACGCCGAAAGGUUAUUGCGAGAUUGCAGGAGCUUGUAAAGCUGGAGCAUCAUCUCCGUAGAAUGCUGGACCGGAUGUCCGGCGAGUGCGAGUAUGGACCACCGUUGGCUUCGGAUCACAUGGAGGGCGCAGCUGCCGCAACGCCAAUCACUUCGAAAAAAGCUAAACCGGCCAACGAACCAACGUCACGUCGGAAGAAAGCAUCCACUAAUCCCCAUAGAACCAUCAAUCUGGACGGUACUCUGAGCUCACAGGCGGCGACCACCGCUGGCGUGGCGGGCGCUAGUGCCGCUGGAACCGUAGGACACUUUAACGAGCAGAGUCUCUUGGUACGCUACGGUUACGCCUUACGCCGUAUCGAUCCGGAGCUGGUGCAGUUGUUUGAAAUUCCGCUCCGUCCAGUCCGUGUGCUGGAACCUGCCGAUCAGCAAAGCGGAUCCUGUAUUGCACUGCCCGAGUAUCGCUGUGUGUUGGCCAACGUAGCGCUCGCACUGGAACAACCGGACACCGAGGUAACGUUCCAGCGGCGCAUGAUCGAUCGCUGGACGGAAUUUGCCGAACGUACGGCCAUGCUGAUGAAUGGGUUGCGUGACAGCACGGGCAGACUUCAGCCGGCAUCAGCACAAGAACUACUGCCCCUGAAAUCGUGUUACCUAUGGAGCUUACGGCUCGCCACGGCACUGCUCGGAUGGAAGCGAUUCCGUGAGCCACGUGGUCGACAGGAACUGGAGCGAGUGCUGCGCGUGUUGGCUGAGAAGAUGACGGAAAGUGCGGCAACCGGUGGCCAUCUGGCCGAUGUUGCCAAGCUGCUACUAAAAGAGCUGAUCGUACGUGAAGCCUGCUAUGGUGAUCUAUCGAUCGCCGCACAGCUAUACCAUCUUGGCCAGGCGAUUGGUGAGAAUGUUGGAGAACGGAACGUGGUAUCGCGAGCGAUAGCCAAAUUUACGCGCAGCGUCCUGACGGCACCCGAGUUCCAGCGUAGUGCGAGCGCGGAAAGCAAAUCGGCUAAUCAGCAUUUUGUGACGCUGCUGGACGGGAUGAUCGGUACGAUCGGAAUGAAGUCACUUAAGCAGCUGAUCGUAGAGAUGGGCCAGGAUUUGAGCAUUAUGGCGCGAGGAUCCGCUAAGGGUAAAUCGAAAGGACAGGCCGCAGUCGCUACUGCUGCUGCUUCAGCUGCGGAUGGACCACCAGUCCCCGAUGAUGCCGUACGGACGUUUGUUUCCUUUAAACGAUCACACUACGCACUGUUGUUCAAGGGUCUCUGCCGGGCGUUCAUAAGGUUGCUUCAGGACGAGAUACGCAUCCGGAGUGGAGGCAGCAGUGGAACGCAUGCCCGUCGGCUCGAGCUUUGGGAGGCCGCCUGUGAGGCGACCGGUGAGUUGACGAACAUCGUGCGCCGUGCUCAGCAGCCCGCCAACUUUGGCGUGUUUCUACGCUUCGCCCAGAUCUUCAUUAAGCUGUUCCUGAAGAGUGGCCUUCCGGUGCUGGAAGUUAUCUUGCGGAGCUCAGCAGAGCGUGCCUCUAACCUGCUGUCGACGCUCCAGAACACGACACGCUACCUUCACAACGUCUGCUGCCAGGCAAAGGUAGGGCGGGGUGCGGACGGUGCGGCCGGUGCCGUCGCCCAGAUACCGUACGUACGGGAGUGUGUCGAAACGCUCGUGUACCGCGUGAAGGCGGCCCUCGUAGCGAACCGCUGUUCGGCCGUGUUCUGGAUGGGGAAUCUGAGAAACAAAGACACACACGGUGAGCUGAUUCUAUCGCAAUCCGUCCAAGAUGACGAUGACGACGACGAGGAAGAUGGAGAAGCCGUUGAGGAGGAUGGACAGGAACGCGAUAACGGUGACUCGGACAUUGCGGACAAUCUGAGUGAUGAAGAAGAAUCAGGAGCCGUCGCCGCCGCCGGUGCUAAAUCAAAGCAUGCUCGAACUCACGGACAAUCAUCGACGGGCUCGAUCGCAUCGUUGACCAAAUCAUCACAAAGCAAGUGCUUCUAGUUUUGGUGCGUUGGCAGGCUGA